UAACCUUUUUGACACAUUUGUCAAUGCACAUCACCAAGAAAUAACAUUCGGCAUUUACAUUAAUUAAAAACUCGUGUUUUUUACAUUACAUUACAUUAGAUUAUUUUAACUGUAAGUUAUUUUUUCAAGUUUUGUAAUUUAGACAUAUUUAUAUUUUACAAGAAAAUAUAUGGGAUAUAGUUUUUGUAAAGUAUCGUUAAUAAUUACGAAGUAAUCAUUUUUUUUUUUGAGAUUUCCAAUGAAGAUAUUUUUUAUUGGAUUUUGAGUUUAACGAAAGAAACUUUAUUCAGAUUUUAGUUAUGGGCACUUUGGAAUUAAAACAAAGCCUUACCGGACACAGGGGAAGAGUGUGGAAUGUUUGUUGGCAUCCGCUUGGCAGUUGUGUCGCGUCUUGUGGCGAAGAUAAAACAAUCAGGAUCUGGGCCCCGAAGGGCAGCCAGUGGGUCAUAAAGACAAUUUUAACUGAAGGUCAUACGAGAACAAUAAGGGAGAUUGCAUGGUCUCCUUGCGGAAAUUACAUAGCAUCGGUGAGCUUCGAUGCCACAAUUGCGAUAUGGGAUAAAAAAUCAGGUCAAUUUGAAUGCACUGCAACAUUGGAAGGUCAUGAAAAUGAAGUUAAAAGUGUCAGUUGGUCGGCAAGUGGACAACUAUUGGCAUCAUGCAGUCGUGACAAGUCAGUUUGGGUCUGGGAAGUUAAUGACGACGAAUAUGAAUGCGCUGCUGUUAUUAAUGCACAUUCUCAAGAUGUUAAGAAGGUGAGAUGGCAUCCAACAAGUGAUAUUCUAGCAUCGGCGAGCUAUGACAAUACAGUAAAAAUUUUCAAAGAAGACACAGCCGAUUCCGAUUGGAUUUGUGUUGCGACACUAUCGUCACACACAUCGACCGUUUGGAGUUUAUCAUUUAAUAAAACAGGCGAUCGAUUAGCAAGUUGUAGUGAUGAUAAAACAGUGAAAAUUUGGCAGGAAUAUAAACCAGAAAAUGAACAAGGAAUACCAACACCUGACAAUGAACCAGUUUGGAAAUGUGUUUGUACAUUGUCGGGUUAUCAUACAAGAACAAUAUACGAUAUUGAUUGGUGUAAAAAUACUGGAUUAAUAGCAACAGCAUGCGGUGAUGAUAUCAUAAGAAUAUUCAAAGAAGACGAUGAUUCCGAUUUAAAUCAACCAACAUUUAGUCUUGUUUAUAGUACCGAAAAUGCUCAUUCACAAGAUGUGAAUUCAGUUCAAUGGAGUCCAACUGAAAUUGGUUAUUUGGCAUCAGCUAGCGAUGAUGGAGAGGUGAAAAUUUGGUUUUACAGCGAUUGACUUUGUUUAUUUAGUAAUUAUUGUUUUAUGUAAUAUAGAAGAAAACAAAUAUACGGACUUAUAUUUUCAAA